GGGGCUCGGACGGGUCGAGGCUGUACGACUGCGUCUGGAGGUACAACUCCAGCGUCAACGAGUGGACCGAGGUGUCGCCCAUGCUGAAGGCCAGGGAGUACCACAGCUCCACGGUGCUGGACGGGCUCCUGUACGUCAUCGCCUCCGACAGCACCGAGCGCUACGACCACGCGGUGGACGCUUGGGAGGCCCUGCAGCCCAUGCUGUACCCCAUGGACAACUGCUCCACCACCUCCGGCCGCGGCAAGCUCUUCGCCAUCGGCUCCCUGGCCGGCAAAGAGUCCAUGGUGAUGCAGUGCUACGACCCCGACAGCGACCUCUGGUCCCUGGUGAACUGCGGCCACCUGCCCCCCUGGUCCUUCGCCCCCAAGACCGUCACCCUCAACGGCCUCAUGUACUUCAUCAGAGACGACUCGGCUGAAGUGGACGUGUACAACCCAGCAAAGAACGAGUGGGACAAGAUCCCCGCCAUGCUCCAGGUGCACGUCGGGGGCAGCGUGGCCGUGCUGGGCGGGAAGCUCUACGUCUCCGGAGGCUACGACAACACGUUUGAGCUGUCAGAUGUGCUGGAAGCCUACGACCCCGAGACGCGGACGUGGAGCGUGGUGGGCCGGCUCCCCGAGCCCAUCUUCUGGCACGGCAGCGUCAGCAUCUUCCGGCAGUUCAUGCCAGAGACCACGCAGGAGGACGAGGGCAUCACGCUGGACAACACCAUCAGCCUCGACAGGCAGCGCCAAGACCUUCACAACCAGAACCUUAACGAGCUUCGUUAG